AUGCGCCGGCAGGAGACCUUCCCAGACGGGAAAGAUGCUGUGCCGGGAUUAUUCUCGGCACGAUUCGACGGCAAGCCAACAGAGCACAAGUUCCGGCGUGUGUACGAGAUCCUGAAGGCGCACAACUAUCCGGUCCUGAUGGUCUCCGCGAAAUGUGGCGUCGACUUCGGUGAUUUGACGAUGAACUAUUUAAGCCAGAUUGAAGAGAAUCAUGGUAAGCUUAUUUGUGUAUGCACGGCUCAUUAUGCUGAGAUGACCGCUUCACCUUUCAGCUCUUUCCACGAAUUUAAUUAUGCACAAGCUUACAAAUUGGAUGUUCUCCCGCUGAAAGUGGAAGACAUCUACCCGCCACGACCUCCCAGCGGAAAAGACCAUCCUUACGACAAGGACGGUCGUGCAAAGGCCUUGAUCAAGAUGGUCUUCAGACCCAAUCUGGCCUUCACAGACGUCCGCGACCUAGAUGAGAAAGAGAUCGCUCGGGUGAUCGCAGACAGCUUACUCAAGUCGACGGGGACCCUCGUCAUGACAAGUUUGUCGUACUUGCAAAUAUCGGUGGUAUGCAGGUACAUCUUACCUGCAGGAGCCGUAGCACGAUGUCGCAAGCACAGCCAAGGCAAGGCGCUGGACAUGGAUGAGAAAAAGGCUCGCAGAAACCUGGCGGGGGGGAACCAUACCACCACACCACCAGGGUUUCAGGGUGCAGGGCGCAGGGUUUCGUCGGGUUUUGGAGUGAAUGGGCUCUGCCAGGUCGCAUUCAGCGCUGAACGUCGCUUGACCACGCCUCCCGCCCUGCGCAGCUGA